UGACUUGGAGCUUGACCGACUCUUCCAAACCAGCGCAACAGAGCGCAGACGCAGUGAAGAAGUGUUUUUACCAUUUGGCUCGCCAGUCUUCAAUACGCGACUGAAAGAUUUGGUCAAUAUGACUGAAGAUCAGGACCUGAUGGCUAAGAUCAGCCAGCUUGCUGGUCAGAUUAACAGGCACAAAAAUGGAACACCGCAGACGCAGUCACAGUCGCCCCAACCUGGAGAGCCACAUGCCGGUCCCCAUGUAUCACGACAUACCUCGUACCGUGGCCGCCCUGGUUGGGCUCCUUACAGAGGACGGCCGUACAGGCGAGGGCGUGGAGCAGCUCCCCACCGCCACCGUACCCUGAUUCUCAACAACUCGACGACCCCGGCGUCGCAUAACGCGGCCCCUGCUGAUGCCAUGGCGGUAGAUUCAGACGAGCAGAGUCGCUCAGCGACACCGAAUGCCUGGGUGACAAAGCACGCGCGACAUAUGCAGCUAAUUAACUCUGCAGUUUAUGACAAAGAGGCGGAGAAAAGGGUUAAGGCUCUGGAAGAAACCCGCAAAGCAAAGGCGCAGAAAAAGGCACAGGCCGAACAGGCGAAGGUGCUACAGUUUGCGCAAGGCGUGGGUAGACAGUUUCCCUCCUCCACACCGCAGGUCCCUGCCACUGGGACAUCAUCCGGGGAGUACCAGAUAUUUCUCAACGACAUCCCUUUCCGCGUGUCUCGCGGAGGUGGCAAGCUGAUCAGAGUUUCUAAUGACCCGACCACUGCGAACAAUACGCCCAAGCGGGUGAAAGUUGCUGGUGUGACGUUUGUCCGGAGCAAGAACGGCAACCUCCAUCGACUAGGGGCAGUAACCUCGAAAAGGAUACCAUCGGCAAUUAAGAAAAAGGACGAGCUUUGCCAAAGAUUCACAACGACGGGUACCUGCUACAAGGGACCUUCAUGCCUGUACGUCCAUGACCCGAACAAAGUCGCUAUUUGCAAAGAUUUCCUUCAGACAGGCAAAUGUAGCGCAGGUAAUAGUUGCGAUUUGUCACACGAGCCGUCCCCUCAUAGGUCCCCUGCUUGUGUACAUUUCCUUCGAGGUCGUUGUUCUAACCCAGAAUGUCGCUAUACCCACGUCCGAGUCACGCCCGGAGCGCCGGUGUGUAGGGCUUUUGCAACAUUGGGAUACUGUGAUAAAGGCGAAGAAUGCGAGGAGCGACAUGUUCACGAAUGCCCAGACUACGCGAACACAGGUGUUUGCAAGAAAAAGAACUGCCGACUACCACAUGUUGAUCGUGCUGGACAGAUUCGAAAGAAUGCUGCUCCAAAGGAAGACGCCUCUGAUGGUGAAGAGUCUGAUGCUUCUAGCGAAGAAGAAGAGUAUGACGAGAUCGGAUCCGAUGAUGUCGACUCUGAUUAUCUUUCCGAUGAGGGAGAGCUUAUCGAAGGAGCGGAGACUGGUGAAAUCUCGAAGCAGCAGGAUUUCAUCAGCCUCUGAUUGUGCUCAAUCACUAACUACAGUCUGUAAUCCAGGGUUGGGUCCGCUUUGGACAAGACCCCAAGGAGGAAGACGGAUAGGGGAACAGUCCUUACUUGGACACCAAGUCGAAUUUUUGCUCGUUUUUAUUGCUAUCAUGGAAGAUACCCCCGGAUUUCACAUCCAGAUUUGUACAACAUGAUUCUCGCAGAUCCGAUUAGGAGCUGAUAUAGUGCGGCACACAAUGGUUCGAUAGAGGAACGGAGGCGGAUAGUAGAGUAUCAUUAUUUUGACACCAGGACAUUGAGAUAGGGAAAAUAAAAACAAUGGAGUU